GCUUCCACUCCCCACGCCAUAUUCUCCUCCUCCUCGCCAGGCGCCAGGCGCCAGCCACCGCCUUCCUCUCCUCUCCGUCUCCGUCUCCCACCGUCGCAAGCCAGCGUCACUGGGUGGGGCGGCGCGCCAAAGGCCGGUCAAGAUUCGAGAGGCCGGCCCAGCCAAGCGUAGGGCCUCCGACUCCUCCUCGUCCGCGCGCGCCGCCCGCCGACGCAGGGAGGCGCCGCCGCCCCCGCCCCCGCCGCCCAGGGAGAUGGGCGUCGACUACUACAAGGUCCUCGGCGUCGACCGCGGCGCCGGCGACGACGACCUCAAGAAGGCGUACCGGAAGCUCGCCAUGCGAUGGCACCCCGAUAAGAACUCCACCAACAAGAAGGAGGCGGAGGCAAAGUUCAAGCAGAUCUCUGAGGCAUACGAGGUACUUAGCGAUCCCCAGAAGCGCACAAUCUAUGAUCAGCUAGGGGAAGAAGGGCUCAAGGGGCAGCCACCCCCAGGAGCAGGAGGUCCUGGAGCAUCUCCAUUUUUCCCUGGCGGGGCUCAUCCCACCUCUUUCCAUUUUAAUCCGAGGAGCGCAGAUGAUAUAUUUAAAGAGUUCUUUGGGUUCUCUGGCAUGGGCGGCAUGAGAGGGGAACCAGGAUUCCAGAGGUCUAUGUUUGGCAAUGAAUUCUUUCCUUCACGCUUUGGCGGUGAGGGUUCCACCAGUAUGCAGCAGCCUGUGCACAAGGCAGCUCCCAUUGAGAAUCGGCUUCCAGUCAGUCUCGCAGAUCUGUAUAAGGGUGUGACAAAAAAGAUGAAAAUCUCAAGAGAGACUAUGGAUGCCUAUGGGAGAAUCUCACAUGUGGAGGAAAUUCUGACAAUAGAUGUAAAGCCUGGUUGGAAGAAGGGAACAAAGAUAACAUUUCCUGAGAAGGGAAAUGAAGCUCCAAAUAUGAAACCUGCUGAUAUUGUUUUCAUCAUUGAUGAGAAGCCCCACGACAUUUUCACUCGGGAUGGGAAUGAUCUUGUCAUGACCGAGAAAAUAUCUCUAGUUGAAGCACUGACGGGCUACACUGCACGUGUCACUACGCUUGAUGGACGGAGCCUGUCACUGCCCAUUAACUCAAUAAUUCAUCCCAACUACGAAGAGGUAAUCCCUGGAGAGGGCAUGCCGAUACCUAAGGACCCCACUAAGAAGGGAAAUCUGCGGAUUAAAUUCAACAUCAAGUUCCCUUCCAGGCUGACUUCGGAUCAAAAGACCGGGAUCAAGAGGCUACUGGGUUCUUAGGCCUCUGCUCAAAUGUCAUUUUAUGAUGAGAGUUAUUGUGAAUAUUGCCAGUAACUGGCUAGCUAGAUUGCUAUUAGUCUGUGGAAGCAGAAUACAAGUAAAAAAGAAGUGGAGAGUCAUUCUAUAACAUAACUGUAACGGGAUGGUCACUAUGUGUUGGUUUUUAUCCCAAUAUUGAAGAUUUUCCAUGGGUAGUUGUUUGAAUUAUUGAAUGAAUGAGCAUUUGAGUGCCGAAGAGAGUAA